AUGUCGAAAAAGAAAUUUAGGAGAAACUGUCCACGGCAGUCAUCCAAGUAUGAAGUCAGUAGGCACAGAGGACAGUCAAGAAGUAAAUCACCAGCUCACAGAGGUGGAGAUAAACAUUGUAAAUCAAAGUCUCCUGCAAAAUCUAGACAUAGAUCUUCUAGUAAAGAACACAAAAAGACUAAAAGAGAUUCAUCUAAACAUAAAAAGAGUAAAAAGAAAAAAAAGAAGCACAGCAGUUCAUCCAGCAGCAGUAGUAGCAGUAGUGAUAGUGAUGAGGAAGAACUUAAGCUGUUGCAGAGGUUAGAGGCAGAAAGGUUAAGGCUAAAAGAAGAAAAAAGGAAGCAAAAAGAGCUACUGAAGGCUAAUGAAACUCCUGAGGAAAAAAGAGCUCGGCGCUUACGAGAAAAACAAGAAAAGGAGCGAAAAAGGCGGGAGCGCAUGGGCUGGGACACUGAGUACCAAUGCUACACCAACCAAGAUAAUCCAUUUGGGGACUCUGCACUCACACAUACCUUUGUAUGGACAAAGAAACUUGCAAAAGAAGGAGUCAAAAAUGUGUCAAGGGAUGAAUUAGAGGCAUUGAAUAGACAGAAGCAGAUGGAGAAUAAAAUUGAAUUAGAAAAGGUGAAGCAGCGGCGGCUGGAGCGCGAGGCGGAGCGAGCGGAACGCGAAGCGGAAGCGGCAGCGGCGGCGCGCGCGCGUGAGGCGGCGCAGUUCAGCAGCUGGGCGCGCCACGAGGACGCCUUCCACCUGCACCAGGCGCGCCUGCGCACGCAGAUACGCAUUCGCGACGGACGCGCAAAACCUAUCGAUCUGUUGGCGUGGUACGUCAGCUCGGAGGAGUGCGUGGACGCAUUAGAAAUGCACGAGCCCUAUACAUAUCUGAACGGACUGCAGAUGCAGGACCUUGAAGACUUGCUUGAAGAUAUUAAGGUGUACAAGGAGCUGGAGAGCGAGGCCAACCAGCCGUACUGGCAGGACGUGCAAACCAUCGUGCUGGACGAGCUCAGCAAGCUGCGGCGCCUGGCCGCGCCCGACGCGCGCCGCGACGGCGUGCACCGCGCCGUGGCCGACGACGUCACGCAGAUUUUCAAAGGCAAGACCGGCGCGCAACUGGAGGCAUUGCAAACACAGAUAGAACAGAAAAUCAGCGGCCGCCACGACGGUGUUGACGUCGGCUACUGGGAGAGUUUGCUCAGUCAGCUUAAAGCGCACAUGGCGCGGGCACGGCUGCGGGACCGGCACCAGCACAACCUGCGCCGCAAGUUGCAGCUGCUCAAGCGCGAGCAGGGCGUGCAACCGGACGGGCAGCUGGACCCGCAACAAUCUCAGUCACCUGAGCCGAAAACGCCAACUAAAGAGGAGGCCGAACAAUCACAACCAGAAGCAGAAACUUCGGAUUGGGAAUGCGAGGAAGGUCGAACGGCUUGCGUGGCGCUAUACGAAAACGGGAAUUACUCGCCAGAACUGCUGUCUCCCUCUGCGUUGGAGCCCGCUACAAUACUAACGGCACCGGAGCAUGAUCAACAGCGUCUGGCGUAUCUACGGGCACGUCUCCAUCAUGCCAAGAGACCAACUGACCUCGAAAUAGUUGGUGCGGGAGUUAGCGAGGCGAGCAGUGCGGGGGCGGGGGCGCCCGGCGACGCGCUGCAGCUGGCCGCGGCGCGCUCCAUGGGCCCGGCGGCCGGCAGCGCGCAGUUCAGCGUGGAGCAGCCGCUGCCCGAGCAGCCGUGCCUGUGGGCCGACAAGUACCGGCCCCGCAAGCCGCGCUACUUCAACAGGUCUCCACUCCUGCACAACAUCUGUACAUCUGUACAUCUGCAGCUGCAGCUGGCCGCGGCGCGCUCCAUGGGCCCGGCGGCCGGCAGCGCGCAGUUCAGCGUGGAGCAGCCGCUGCCCGAGCAGCCGUGCCUGUGGGCCGACAAGUACCGGCCCCGCAAGCCGCGCUACUUCAACAGGUCUCCACUCCUGCACAACAUCUGUACAUCUGUACAUCUGCAGCUGCAGCUGGCCGCGGCGCGCUCCAUGGGCCCGGCGGCCGGCAGCGCGCAGUUCAGCGUGGAGCAGCCGCUGCCCGAGCAGCCGUGCCUGUGGGCCGACAAGUACCGGCCCCGCAAGCCGCGCUACUUCAACAGGUCUCCACUCCUGCACAACAUCUGUACAUCUGUACAUCUGCAGCUGCAGCUGGCCGCGGCGCGCUCCAUGGGCCCGGCGGCCGGCAGCGCGCAGUUCAGCGUGGAGCAGCCGCUGCCCGAGCAGCCGUGCCUGUGGGCCGACAAGUACCGGCCCCGCAAGCCGCGCUACUUCAACAGGUCUCCACUCCUGCACAACAUCUGUACAUCUGUACAUCUGCAGCUGCAGCUGGCCGCGGCGCGCUCCAUGGGCCCGGCGGCCGGCAGCGCGCAGUUCAGCGUGGAGCAGCCGCUGCCCGAGCAGCCGUGCCUGUGGGCCGACAAGUACCGGCCCCGCAAGCCGCGCUACUUCAACAGGUCUCCACUCCUGCACAACAUCUGUACAUCUGUACAUCUGCAGCUGCAGCUGGCCGCGGCGCGCUCCAUGGGCCCGGCGGCCGGCAGCGCGCAGUUCAGCGUGGAGCAGCCGCUGCCCGAGCAGCCGUGCCUGUGGGCCGACAAGUACCGGCCCCGCAAGCCGCGCUACUUCAACAGGUCUCCACUCCUGCACAACAUCUGUACAUCUGUACAUCUGCAGCUGCAGCUGGCCGCGGCGCGCUCCAUGGGCCCGGCGGCCGGCAGCGCGCAGUUCAGCGUGGAGCAGCCGCUGCCCGAGCAGCCGUGCCUGUGGGCCGACAAGUACCGGCCCCGCAAGCCGCGCUACUUCAACAGGUCUCCACUCCUGCACAACAUCUGUACAUCUGUACAUCUGCAGCUGCAGCUGGCCGCGGCGCGCUCCAUGGGCCCGGCGGCCGGCAGCGCGCAGUUCAGCGUGGAGCAGCCGCUGCCCGAGCAGCCGUGCCUGUGGGCCGACAAGUACCGGCCCCGCAAGCCGCGCUACUUCAACAGAGUGCACACGGGCUUCGAGUGGAACAAGUACAAUCAGACUCACUACGACAUGGACAACCCGCCGCCCAAGAUCGUGCAGGGCUACAAGUUCAACAUCUUCUACCCGGAUCUCAUCGACAAGAACUCUACGCCAGAGUUCUCGCUCAAGCCGUGCGCAGACAACCCGGAGUUCGCGGUGCUGCGGUUCCACGCGGGCCCGCCCUACGAGGACAUCGCUUUCAAGAUCGUCAGCCGCGAGUGGGAGUACUCGUACAAGCGCGGCUUCCGCUGCCACUUCCACAACAACAUCUUCCAGCUCUGGUUUCACUUCAAGCGUUACCGUUACCGCCGCUGA